CUGCUUAUGCCACUACCAUCAUCGGCUGGUGCUGCAAGUGUAAAGAUGCUGCGAGUCCUCAACCAGGCUCUGCGUAAUGGCGGUGUAGCUGGCCACGGCGCCCGUCUGACAGCAGCUACCGGUCUCCGGCAUGGAACACAUCGACUGCUUCGCAUCCCUGGGCCGAGUCCAAUCAAUCCGGCGGAUGAUCCAUGGGCAUUCCUACAAGUAGCAGAUCCUACCACUUCCCAGACCAUACAGAGUAUAAUUGAUGCCGAGAACGAUCUAGCUGAUGAGUAUUUUUCUGAUCCUAAAGGGCUCAAGUAUGAGAAGAUACUCUACGACGAAGCCUCUGAUAUGUUGGUGCCCGAGGGGGCGUCAUCACCAGAAGAAGAUAAGGGAUACUUAUAUUUCCAGAGAAUGGUCGGCUCGGAUGACAACGCUACAUCUCAGGAAGAGCUAGAUCAGGAUCGCCUUCAAUUCCUCCGAUUUUGUCGUGUACCUGCAUCUGUGGCCGGUUCUAGUGCCCAUGCUGCUGAUGAGGAAGUCGUCCUGUGUACGAGGCAGCUUGUCCAAGAGCGUGGCCAAGGCACUUAUGUGGAAGUCGUAGCGGUAAAGCUUGCUCCCUCCAAUUCCCUUGUCGGGGUUGUAGUCGACUUCAAUGGUGAUGAGCGCUUCGAUCUCCUCUUCCGACACGUACCGGGUGGAGGCCCCACUGGUUACCCCGAGAUACCCCUGGUUCGGAACUUUGAAUGGGUGGACAAGGUGACCUAUAUCCCUGGAAAGGAGAUGUUAUAUUACACCGAGCUGGACCCCGAUACAUUGCGAUCGUGGAGGGUUGUGCGCAGAACUAUCGAUGGCAGUGUGAAUGAUGUCGUCUUUGAGAGCACUGAUCCAGCUGAGUACGUUGACGUGUUUAAGAGCAAGGAUGGUAAAGUGAUAUUUAUGUCUGCCGUUACAAAGACCACAUCGAGGGUUUCGGUCAUACCCAGUGACUCGGAGCAUGGCAUACCUCAGCCUGUGAAGGCUCCUACUCCUGGUGUAGAAUACUAUUGUGAACAUCGAUGGGGGUAUAUAUACGCUGUAUCCAAUGAGAACAACCCUGACUUUGCUGUAUAUAGGGCAAGUUUAGCAGAUAUUACAAAUGGGGUGGGUGAAGCUUCUUGGGAACAUUUCCAUACACCAGACGAGAUGUCUAUAACUGAUAUCGAUAUGUUUGAUAGAUGCCUUAUGCUCUAUGGUUGGGGUAUGGAGGGGGAACCUGCUGUAGAGGCAGUCCACUUCGAGGACACGCAAUGUGGAACACCCGAGCAUGUGAAGAAGGACAAGCCCACUGCUUUCGUUCCGUUAGUUCAUCUUAUGCAGCAUCGGGCUAAGCAUCAUGAUCCCACCGAUAAAGUAUUGGACUUGAGAGAGAAGCCUCCCCAAGAGACUGUGGAAGAUAUGUUCUCGAAGGUCAUCUCUGGUGCACCCGACAAUGCGUCUCAGAGAGAGGCUUCUCGGAAGUUAGCUGACUAUGAGGCCUCGAGACGGAAGGAUCCUGAAUCCAGUGCAGGGGAACAAAUGGUGGACGAUGCUCUCUCUGGGACAAUAGAGAAAGCACCUACUGCUGCACAGUUGAUAAACAAAGAGGUUGACUUGCAUCCUGAUGUUGAUGAUGCAUUCCGAUUCCCCUUUGUUGGUCGCUUUAAAGUGGGGGCAGUGGAACUAGGUGUGAAUGGUGACUUCUUCGCCAAGAGCUCAAGACUUAUAUUCUCCUCCCCUGCUGUACCAGGUGUUGCUUUGGAUUAUGAUAUGACUGAAUUCAAGAUCAAGGCUACGAAGAGUAGGGAGUAUCAAUACAAGCGAGAGCCCGAGAUGACUGUAGAGAGGGUUAGAGUCCCCUCGAGUGAUGGAUCGUCUGAUAUCUUGCUUACUUUAGCUUCGCCAACAGGCAGUGUCGGUCAACCCGCGCCCACCUUUGUGCAAGUGUAUGGUGUGUAUGGUACAGUAUUAGAGGCGGCAUGGCAUCCAAGGACCAUCUCCCUCAUAUCGAGGGGUUGGAAUGUGGCAUGGGCCCAUGUCCGGGGUGGUGGUGAGCGUGGUGCUGCAUGGCAUCAACAAGCAAAGGGCUCGAGCCGUCAUCGCUCUUUGACUGACUUUGAGGACUGCUUGAGAUGGCUUGUUGCCAAUGAUGUUACCCGUCCACAAUUGCUUUGUGCAACAGCAGCAUCUGCUGGAGGCCUCAUCUUGGCAGAACAUCUCAACCUGUGUGGCAACCGUUGGAUCGGUGGGGCUGCGAUACUGCGUGUUCCCUUCCUAGAUCCUUUAUCAUGCAUGCUAGAUGAUACCCUGCCUCUUACUCAACACGAGAAGGAGGAGUGGGGGGAUAUCACUCGAGAUCCGGAUGCGAUGGCGGCAAUGAAGAGCUACGCCCCUUAUCAUAACAUAAUCGAUAAGAAUGAUGAUAGCCCGAUUGAUUACCCUCCCAUUUUCCUAUCUUGUGCUGUGGAUGAUUCCAGAGUGCCUUAUUGGGCACCGUUGAAAUGGGCUGAGAGACUACGAACAGCCACUGAGACAGAUAAUCUUGUGGUACGCAUCCAUAAGGCUGGAGAGGGUGGACACUUCGGUACCACAUCUGCGCCACAGAACUAUGAGGAAACCUGUCGAGAAAUGAGUUUUAUGUUUCGGUCAUUGGGCCUUCAAGUGAAGCCUCUAAAGCGAGAGAAGAAAGUAAAGACGAGUGAAUAA